AUGGCAGAGAGUUCCUUAAGUGCCAGCCUUCCGGAUGGCAUCUGCAGCCAGGAUGCUAGAGAUACCCAAUUAUCAACCACUCUUCUGUCUGCCAGCGCACAGUCUGGGACUCGAAACUACGGCACAAACACGAACUCUCAUAUCAAUAGCCAUUUGUCACCAGAGCCUCAUACUGUCGCCCAAGUACUCCCACCAAAUACCCUCAGAAAUAGCCCAAGCCUUGCGACUAUAGCAUCAACGUCACACUCAACAUGGAGGCAGAGAAUACUCCGCAGCUGGCUGCUAGGCAAGGGCAUGGUAAUGGUGAUGCUGGCGCAGUUCUUUGGCGCGUCAAUGAAUGUUAUGACGAGGCUGCUGGAGCUGGACGGCCCUCAUGGCAAGGGAAUGCAUCCAUUUGAAAUUCUGUUUACUCGCAUGCUUACAACAACCAUCUGCAGUGCCUUAUACAUGUGGUACAGAAGAGUUCCACAACCCUUCGGCGCAUCUUCUGUGCGCGGCCUUCUCAUCCUGCGCGGUACGAGUGGCUUUAUUGGAGUAUCUGGGUUAUACUACUCACUUGGCUAUCUACCUCUUUCAGAAGCUACAGUGCUAACAUUCCUUGCACCAAUCCUGUCAUGCUACAUCUGCUCUCUGGUAAUCCCUAACGAGACCUUUACACGCAAACAACAACUUGCAGGAGUAAUUUCUCUGUUUGGUGUUGUAUUGAUUGCUCGCCCAGGAUCAUUACUGGCAAACCCGCCCCUCGAUGGCCCCUUUUCUCACCAAACCUUGACAGGCACAUCUUCUUCUAUCAUUACAACACUUGAAAAAGGCACCGCAGAGCCCAACCCUGAUCCAAAAGAGCACCUCUUCGCCAUCGGCCUCGCGCUGAUCGGCGUCUGUGGUGCGACAUCCGCGUAUACCGCCAUCCGCAAAAUCGGCCAGCGCGCCCAUCCCCUCGUCAGCGUAAACUACUUCUCCUCCCUAACAACCAUCAUGUCCGCCUUGGCCCUCCUAGUCCUACCCAGCGUAUCCUUCCGAUUCCCCGCCAAUCUGACCGAAAUAGCACUCCUGGGUGGCCUUGGUGUAUGUGGUUUCUUCCUGCAGUUCCUACUAACUGCAGGACUAUCAUAUGUACCACCACCAUGCGUGAGGGCUGCGAGUGGAGAUGGGAGAGGUGACAAGGAUGGCUCACAUGGCUCGCGGGCGACAAAUAUGGUGUACACGCAGAUGUUGUUUGCUUUGUUUUAUGAUCUUGCGGUGUUUAAUUCUACGCCGUCGGCUUGGAGUUGGGCUGGGUCUGGAAUUAUUCUCGCCAGUGCAAUCUAUGUCGCGAUUGCAAAGGACGGCGCGAAGUCUAGAGCUAGCACGAAGGGAAAAGAAGCAAUCGAAAACGGCAAUUCUGCAAAUACACCUUUCUAUGAUGGGGAUUUAGAAAGCGGACGAAAAGCGGAUUUUGGAAACAAUAGCUACCAAGAAGAAGAAAGAAGCGGUCUCUUGAACGGCACUAAUGCAUGA